GCCUACGCCCAUUUCGUUCGCCGUACCUGCCUUUGCCCCUCCCCACGUCCCUCCGGUAAUAGAACCCUUGAGUCGCUGAGCGGCGGCGACGGCGUCACACCAGCCCUCCGCCGGUCGACGGUCGAGCUGGUGCUGCAUUGCAAGGGCGAUUUGGCCAUUUGGGGAACCUGUCUCUGUAGUCGUACCCAGGAGGCAGGAGAGCCGCCGCGUUUGAGCUCUCUCUGGGAGGGUUGGGGGAUCGGAUGGGGCUGGCUCGCGAUGUGGUGGACCUCAGCUCCGACGAGGAGGAGAGCUUCCGCAGGCUUUCCGCCGGGCCGCUCGGGUGGGUCUCCAAACUUUUCGACCGCGUCGUGAUCAUCGGCGACUCGCCCGAGCCACCCCGGAAGAAGGGCGGGUCCGACGGCGUCGGCGGGGCUGACGGAGGAGAUGAAGACUGCGUGGUCCUCGACGGCGACCCCGACAGGCCCGUCGCCAUUGCGCGUGACAAGGGGGCUGCCUCGGAUGAGCUGGAGAUUGUCGCGGUGAAAGGCCAGAUAGCAUGCAGGGACUUCCCUCCCGCGCGACAUUCAUGUUCUGAAUUUCCCUUCAGCACUACUUUGCACGUGAAGCAUUGCAGCAAGUGCUACUGUUUUGUCUGCGAUGCUCCAGCUCCAUGCAAGAAUUGGGAUAAAGGUCUCUUGAAUGAUGAUCAUUGUCAUGCUACGGACAAGGAAACAAAGUGGAAAACUCUGAGGCAGCUGUCCAAGUUAAAUAGUCUGGCAGCAUCUUAUCCAGAAAGAUACUCGAAUGCUCUGUACCCAACAACGUCGUCACUGGGACGUCAGCAGGAGUGCACAUCAGAGGAGCACACAUCGGAGGACGAUGGGGAGUACUUCGAGCCCGAUGAGGAGGCCACAGUGUAUGUUGGGAACCUACCCUAUGACACCGAGAGUGAGUACCUUCCCCAGCUCUUCAAGUAUGCCGGAACCGUCGAGUCCUCGGAGAUCAUUUACAACAAGGAAACAGGCCAGAGCCGUGGGUUCGGAUUCAUCACGAUGAGUACCGUUGAGCAGGCUGAGAAGGCUGUGGAGAUAUUCCAUGGCAGUAAGCUGGAUGGCAGGCUUAUGACUGUGAACAAGGCAGGUGCUUCUAGAACUGCCCGGACCGAAGACAGACGUUCUCCCCGCUGGUCCGGAUCUUCGACGGCCGUCAAAAUCUACGUGGGUCAUCUGCCUUACGAAGUGGACGAUUCUCGGCUAAAGCGGCUGUUCAGCAGGUACGGCGAUGUGGUCGAUGCCGAGGUCAUCUACGACUACGGAGGAGCGGGUUGGCGCUCCCGGGGCUUCGGUUUCGUCACCAUGGCAACGCGGGAGGAAGCGGACGACGCGAUUUGGGACCUCGACAAGCAGAUAUGGAGGGGGCGUGAACUGCGCGUUGAAGUUGCCAAAGAGGAGAGGCGGGGUUGGACGGCAGGACUUGGGUCCAGAUUCAGACAUGCAGGGCCCUUGCUUCCUUUUUUUUGAAAAAAAGACCGAGGUUGUACUCUCGCGCCAAUCGAUUGAUGCACACAGCCGGCCAUAUGACAUUUUUUUUCAUGAUCCAUGGCAGAAUGACGUCCUAAAA